AUGGACUACAGCUCUGAGGAUGAAUCGGAUAUUAGUGAGUCUGAGAUUGACGACUAUUCAGAGAAACCAUAUGAACAGAUAAGGAGUGGAAAGUACAAGGUUAAAGCCUUAAAUGGGACUCUUAGAUGUCCUUUCUGUGCUGGGAAGAAGAAACAAGAGUAUAAAUACAAGGAAUUGUACCAACACGCGUCAGGCGUGGCUAAGGGUUCUGCUAACAGAAGUGCGAAACAGAAGGCGAACCACCUUGCUCUGUGGAAGUACAUGGACAAUGAGCUAGCCAGCGAGGCAGACGAAGUCCAGCGUCCGCCUGCACCUCAAGCUGUCAAUCAACCUCCGCAGCAAGAUGAGUUGUAUGUUUGGCCCUGGACGGGUAUUCUUGUUAACAUAAAGAGUAAAGCACAGGAUUCUGGAUAUUGGUUGAAGGAAUUUGCAAAAUACAGACCAUUAAAUGUUAAAAUAUUCUUGAAUGAAGGUGAUACGGUUUCUCAAGCUGUAGUGGACUUCAAUAAUGACUGGAACGGUUUCAUGAAUGCAAGUGCAUUUGAGAAAUCAUUUGAAACUGCACGUCGUGGUAAAAAGGAUUGGAGUUCAAACAAGUUGCAAGCAGACACAAACAUUUAUGGAUGGGUAGCACGGGAAGAUGAUUAUGGUUGUGAAGGACUGAUAGGGGAUUACCUACGCAAUAAAGGAAGGUUGAGGACAGUUUCAGAUAUUGUUCAAGAAGCAUCUGAAAGCAGAAAUAGUAUUGUGGCAAACCUGGCCAAUGAGCUUGAUAUUACAAAUGAAAACAUCAACAAAAUGGUAUACAAAUUCAAUGAGAAGAAUUUGUCCUUGAGCAGGAUGCUUGUGGAGAAAGACCAACUUCACAAUGCUUUUGUUGAAGAAUCAAGGAAAAUGCAACGUCUUGCCCGUAUUGAGGUAAGGAGGAUAUUGGAAGAACAAGAAAAGUUGAGCAGUGAGUUGGAGGCAAAAAAACGAAAGCUAGAUUCCUGGAGCAGAGAUCUAAACAAACGUGAGGUACUGACUGAUCAAGAGAGGCAGAAACUCGAAGAGGAAAAGAAGAAGAAAGAUUUGAGGAAUGAAUCACUUAUGAUGGCAUCAAAGGAGCAGAAGAUAGCUGAUGAGAAAGUUUACACACUUGUUGAGGAGCAAAAGAGAGAGAAAGAGGAGGCAUUGAAUAAGAUACUUCUGUUGAAAAAACAACUAGAUGCCAAACAGAAGUUGGAAAUGGAUAUUGAAGAGUUAAAAGGGAAGUUGCAGGUCAUGAGGCAUCUUGGAGAUGCAGAUGAUGCAGCAAUUCAGAAAAAGAUGAAGGAAAUGAGUGAUGAAUUGCAAGAGAAAGUAGAAAAUUUGGACAGUAUGGAGUCCAUGAACCAAACACUCAUUAUCAAGGAGCGCCAGAGCAAUGAUGAGCUGCAACAAGCUCGUAAAGCAUUGAUAAAUGGGUUAGAAGAUAUUCUGAAUUCUUCUUCACGAACUAAUAUUGGGAUCAAGAAAAUGGGAGAACUUGAUGAGAAGCCUUUUCUCAAUGUCUUCAUGAAACAAAAAAGUCUUCGUGAAGAAGAAGCUCAGACAAAGGGUUUGGAGCUUUGCUCUUUUUGGCAGGAGAACUUGAAGGAUUCGAACUGGCAUCCAUUCAAAGUGGUCACGGUUGAUGAUAAUCCACAGGAAAUUCUGAAUGAGGAUGAUGAGAAGUUAAAAAGUUAUUACUUCCAUCAAAGAACUCAAUGAGUACAAUCCAAGCGGUAGAUAUAUUGUUAAGGAGCUAUGGAACUUCAAGGAAAAAAGGAAGGCUACCUUGAAGGAGGUGAUCAGCUACAUUGUAGUUAAUCAUAUCAAACAUCUUAAGCGCAAGAGAACAUAAACCAAAGGGUAAGGCAGCUGAGAAAUCAAUGAUAUAUCAAGAGCUUGUGAAUUUAUGCCUUUGUGCUUGCAAUAAGGAAAAAAGAACUGGACGUAUAAGUUGAUACAAGUGUUACCAACGAUGAAUUUUACAUUUGUAUCUGAUAAACUUUAUUUAUAGACUUCACUCGGUACUAUCCUGGUGGCACUGUAUUCUUUUCUUUUCUUAUCGGUCUUAUUUUAUGGAAGUGUAGACAAAUAGAAUUCCAAAAUGAUGCGAAAAAUCAAAAGUCCAUCGCCUUGUUUUAGCAGAGAUAGCUGGGACUGUAUUGAAACCAACAUCAACAGAGCA